AUGGGUAGCGGCAAAACGACUUUGUUAAAUACACUUGCUGGUCGUGCUUUAACAGGUGUAUCGGUUACAGUAUUAAUAAAUGGUACCUGUUAUCAAAAAAAUAUGAAACGUAAACUGGCUUGUGUAUUACAAGAAGAUCUGUUUUUUGAUAACUUGACUGUGAGAGAGCAUUUAACAUAUACAGCGUUCUUAAGAUUACCUGGUCACUAUACAAAACACGAGAAAUUAGAUCAAGUCGGAAAGAUCAUCGAUACACUUGGUUUAAAGAAAUGUGAGAAUACAAAAAUAUCACUUAUUAGUGGCGGUGAAAAGAAGCAUGUCAAUAUUGGCUCAGAAUUACUGGCAGGCCCAAAUCUCAUCUUUUUAACGGUAGGUUGUGAACGGGAUUUUCACAAUUAA